AUCACCAGUGUCUUGAUCGUGGUGAACCCUCCGGGCGGCUCGCUGGCUGUUCCGUCGUCGAAGAAUACUCCGACGAGCACGGCGUUGGCAAGCUUCGUCAGCGGCGAGUGGAAGGAGGGCGGCCCUGGCACCGUGCUGCAGGUCCAGGUUCCCCAGCCGAAGAUCCAGCCCAUCGACACCCACCUCAAGGUGGCGAAGAUCGACGGUCGCCUUCCGAUCGCCUAUCCGGCCGGCAACAAGUCGCUGAUCUAUGUCUUCGGGUACAAUGCCCAGGAAGCCGGUGACUCCUUGGACGACACCACGGUUCAGGACCUGCGGUCCCUGGGCUACGAGGGUGGCACGAAGACCCGAGCUGCGGUGGCUGGCACCAUGCAGGACUUGCUGGAUGCGGCCACCAAGAUCAAGAUGGCCAAGCGGGUGAUCAGAGCAGAGAUCCGGAAGGCUGCGGAGCGGCGUGUCAAGCCUUGCCCGCACUGCGGCCAGGUCAACCAGCCGCCGGCCAAGAAGCCCAAGCACAACCCGGCGGCGUCGCCUCAGAAGGCGAAGAAAUGA